AUGAAUGCUCGCGACCUUCUUGUAGUCCAGGGCGCCGUAGUUCUUCUGCCUUAUCACGGGAUUCAUGAAAUUCUCCGGCUGGUUGCUCGGCAGAAGGUUGAUCAGCUGCCGCGACUCCCUCAGGCAAUCCUUGAAGCCCCUAUUCUUCUUCAGAUCGCUCAGCCCCGUACUUCGAAAGCUCUCCUCCGCGAAAGCUUCCAGCUUCUUCAAGUCACUGUCCACGCCAGUGACCGCGCUGAGGGUGAACCUCUUCACAUCUUCACUCAGGAAAGCCGCGACGAUGGAAUCAGAGAUGUGGUCAAGGGCGCCGGUGACGAGCUUAUACAGAGCCUCCAGGGGGAAAAUCUGCUGAGCAGAAGACAGCAGGGUGUCGAGGUUGUUCGUAGGCGAUGUCGAGGUUGUUCGGCGGAGACGUCCAUUGACAAUAUCCCAAGCUAUAGAGCCUGUAGAGAAGGUGCACAAAGAUACAAGAGACCUUCAUCUAUCUAUGGAUCAGACAAGGAGGACGAAGACUGUAAGGUUAAGGUCGAAGAGCAGGUCACAGAGAAAGCGGAGAUGGAUCUUGAUUGUUUGAGUGGUGUUGAUUGCAACGGAUGGAAAGGAUUUAGUUGUUGCGUUGUUUUGCUUGUAAGCACUGCUUCGUACGCAGUCUGGAUUUUUUUGCAAAAAAACAAAUCAACAGCAGCGAAAUUAAAUGCGAUCACACCAAGUCCUCGUGACCUAUCUUUCAGCCUCUCUCUCUCUCUCGCUCUCAAAAAAAAAAAACCCCAAGUCAGAGCUCCCAAUUCCAGACCUCUGGCAACUCCGAUCGAGCUCGACCAACUCCGCCUCCCUCCCAACGUCGGACCCCGAGUUCCCUCCCUCCCUUCCUCCUCUGUCAACGUCACCCCUCCCCCCAAAUCAACAGCAGCCCCAAAAUCGGAGCUCCCCCAAAAUCGUCGACGGCAUUUUUGCAAUUGUCCCGAACCCUCAAAAAAAAGCCCCAAAUCAAGCCUAAUUUCUACCGCCGACGAACGUCCAACCUCCGAUCGCCGCCCGAAGCUCGCCACCAUCGACAUCCCCUCGCCCCCACUCAGCAUCGCCGCCGGAUCAUCACCUCGACCUCCUCCUUUCCACCGCCCGAAAUCGCCGACUUCGGAGCUCGCCGCCCCCGCUCAGACUCGCCUUCGAGCUCAGGUUCGAAAACUUGAGUUUCUCAUAGCUUUCUUGGUUGCUGUAAUGGCUGUUUGUUUUCAGAAAUUGAGCUUGGUUACUCCAAGCCCAAAGCCUCAAUUGAUGCUGAAGGGACUAUUCAAUGUGCGCUCAUAUCAAAUUCAUUGAGCAUGGCUAGCCUGAAAGAACAUAUUGAUCUGUAUCCUCAUGACUUGCUUCAUGGGUGAUCUUAUGGCUGAACUUAGUGUAUGUUUCUUCUUUGUGAAUUAAAGACAUGAAGCAAGUAGUUAUGUAUAUCUCGCACAUUGUUCAUGGCCGUGUUGUUUUGCUUGUGUUGUUUUGCAGGACCAAAUGUUGUAACCGAAACAUUUUAUCUAAUUGUGUUGUUUUGCUUGCAUUGUUUUGCUUGCAUUGUUUUGCAACAGAUUUCAUUAUAUGUGAGUUUGAGAGUUGCAGUCU